GAAAAAAGAAAACAAAAAGAAAAUUAUUUGUUUAUCAAAUUAGGUGUAGAUUUAUUAACAUAUUUCCAAAAGCGCAAAAUUUACAAAUACCGAAGGGUUUAUGUACGAAUUAAUUCACUGUCAGUAGUAAAGAAUGGCGGAAGCUGUAGAAAAUUUAGUGACUGUCCCACAAUGUAAGGAAAAAGGUGAUAAUAUGGAAUGUGCAGUGUGUCUGCAAAAGUGCAUUCAUCCAGCUCAACUGCCAUGUGGACAUAUUUUCUGUUUUCUAUGUGUCAAAGGGUUCGCAAAUCAAAAUAAAAGAUGUGCUAUGUGUAGGCAGGAAAUACCAAGAGAUUUUAUAGAACAACCAAACCUUCUGGAACCAAUUUGUACAGAAAAAACAGAAGUCUGUGAUGACAGUUUUCAAUGGUUUUAUGAAGGAAGAAAUGGUUGGUGGCAAUACGAUGAACGUACUAGUAAAGACUUAGAAGCUUCGUAUACAAAUAAUGAGAAAACUUGUGAACUUCUCAUCGCUGGAUUCUUGUAUAUAAUUGAUUUAGAAAAUAUGUUGCAAAUAAGAAGAAACGAUCCUUCGAGGAGACGGAGAAUUAAAAGGGAUUAUGCUACGGUUGCUAAAAAAGGAGUCGCUGGUCUCCACAGCAUGAAGCACGUUACAAAUUCCAAUGAAAAUCACCCAGCGCCUAGAAGUGAAUCUCAAGAAUUCGCUACUAAUGAAAUAGAUGUUAACUCUGAAGAAUCCUCGGAAGAACCUGAAAGUACCGAAACUGAAAGUGACACCGAUCUAGAAAGCGCUGUGCAGAGAUUGAGGCAACUACAUAUUGAUAAUAACGAAUGAUAACUUUUGGUGUAGUUACCAGUGUGGCUCUAAGGGUAUUUAUCCAACUUAAUUUUUUGAGAUUAAAUUGUGUUUUAAACGUUAUGUAAAAUGCUCAAAUCUCGUGUAGGAUGUAGUUACUAAAACUACGAAAGGACUUUUUAUUAUUUCAUAUUCUACCAAUCUGUAUUUAAUCUAUAUUGGAAAUUUACGACAAUUUUACAAUCUUGCAGUAGGGAUGAUGUCUUAUAUCAGUCAGAAACUACCAAUAUUAAUUUUACAUUACAAUACCAUUAAGUUUGUAUUUUUUAAGACGGUAGUUUCAUUAGUAAAAAUCCAACUGGUACAAGACCUCUAUUACUAUCCAGAUCUCUUAACUGAUCUAGGCCAUCCAAAAAGAUCCAUAUUUCCCAUGACCCGUUCACUGGUUAGCAUUUUAAUAGUGACAAAACAAAUAAUGAAUUAACUAUCCUGGAAUGUUCACUUCAGUAUGUAAUGUAAUGCUUACACUGGCUGGUAUAAACGAAACAAGAAUGUUUACUGAGGUUACAUAAAGACGAGUAACCCAGCCAAAAACACAAUAGGUCGCGUGGUUAGUGUAGGGCGACUUUUUGAACACACUUUCCUAUUUAUAUUGUCAGUCUUUUAAACAAACAAACAAACUUCUAUAGUGGUUAGUGGUAGAGUAUGAAAUUUAGAAAACAGUCCGUGUUAGAUCUGUAAAUAGUAUUAAAGGCUUGUUCCUUGAUAAGAAAUAAUAUGAAUCAAAAUAUUUUAUUUAUAAAGCUGCGCAUGCAGCUUAGCUCUAGAUUAAAAAUACCUCGUAUCUGGAAUCAAAAAAGGGCCUUUCACGUGAUAGUUAAAAGCUCUAGUUUGUACUAUCGGUCCUCAA